AUGGCUGAUAUACUUUUAUGUGAUCUGAAACAAUAUAAUAAUUCUAAGAAUCAGAAUGAUCGUCUACUUGAUCUCGUAUUAUCAACUAUGGACGAACUAAGAGUAAAAGAAGUAGAACCGUUAUUGAAACUGGACGGCCAUCAUCCAUCUAUAGAAAUUAAUUUUAAUUAUACAAAUAAUAAACCAAAUUUUGUUAAAUUUAAUCGUAAAUUUUUGAAACCAAAUUAUCAUAAAUGUAAUUUUGAAAAAAUUAAAGAUAAUUUAAGAAAAGUUAUUUGGCAUGAACUGUUAAUUUACUUAGACUCUGAUAGUGCUGUUGAUGCUAAGUAUAUAAAACUUAAUUCAGCUAUUUUGCUGUUUGCACCAUUUAAAAAAUGUAAUCCUAACCAAUACCCAUACUGGUUUAACUAUCCUCUUAUUCGUUGCCUUCGAGAUAAGAAAAAGUAUCAUAAGUUGUAUAAAAAAUUUGGUAAUCAGAGGGAUUAUGAUACAUAUAUGUUGAGAACUCAUAGUAAACACUUAAUUGAAGCCUGCUAUAAAUCGAUUCAAAAUGAAGUUGAUAAUAGCUUAGGUAAAAAUGUUAAAUAUUUCUUUAAGUUCGUUAAUAACAAAAAAUCAAGUAAAGGUAUCCCUGAAUCUAUGACUCAUGAUGCUAAAACUGCUAAAGAUCCCCAAGGAAUCUGCGAACUUUUCUCAGCGUAUUUUGUUUCUGGUUAA